AUGAUAAUCUGCGCUUACAGGAGACGAGGAGCUCUCACCUUGAGGUGCCGAGAAGAAGUAGAGCUCGUGUCUUUUACCAAGGAGAACAAGAGCCGAGGACGAGUCAAAGACAUGGUCAAGAAGAGCUCCGUGAAAUACGGAUCGCGAAGCGUGGAGUUCCAGAGCUUCGAUACGCAGCGACAUCUCGCUACAGACUUCCCAGGCAAUCUCAAGAGGAUUUCGGUGAUGAGAUCAGUUGAGAUCGUCGUCUCUGAGUUAUCUUCUUUUGCAUUCGUCGUUGAGGUCGAAGCUCGAGAAUUGCGUCGGGAAACGGUUAGGCUAUCGUCAGACACGUACUGCCUCCACCGUGUUUUCAUGGCUGAUACAGGACCAAAAUAA